ACACGCCCGCUCGCUCGCUGAAAGUCUCACACAGUCACGUCAUCGGAGGUACGUGAUCGGCCGCCGGCCGGUGAUCUCGGAUAGAAUAAUGGCCGCCGGGAGGAAGCAGGCGAGGCGAUGACGGGCAAGUCCGCCGCGGCGGCCGCGUCCGGUGGCGCCGGCCUCUGCGGCAUCGACAUGCAGGCGGCGGUGGCGGCGAGCCAGUCCUACUGCAACAGGGGCAGCACGGAGGCGGCGCCCAGCCAGGACUGCUGCGACCAGGUGAGGAGCGCCAGGUGGAGGUGCAUGUGCAACCUCAGGGGCAACCUCCCCAGCUACAUCGACGGCGACCGCGUCAUGCAGAUCCCCUCCAAGUGCAAAUUCGACAACGCGCCGACCUCCUGCUAGUAGAGCUAGCCGUAGCCUUGGAUCCGGCGGCCGGUGCACUCCAGUAAUGCCGCCGUCGUUAGCCACAGCCAUCGUUUUUAUGUCGUGUUCGUGUCGAUUGAUUAUUAUUAUUAUGUCAUCGUGCCUUGCUCUCCUGUUCUCACAAGCUAGCUAGCUAGCUAAUGCUUGUGGCGUGCUGCAGGUUGGUGAUUCGCGUUCGUGCUUGUGCUCGUCAGGUUAUCCGUGUUAGGUCCAGGUUGUACCUGUCGUGUUUCUUGAAUUCUUGUACGUCCAUUACGUUGUGUGUUCACCUCAACCCUGUCGCGAUAAUAAAAUUUGUUGUUUGCUUUA